UCGGCACCAGAGACCGAAGUUCCGAUCGGCUCCUCCGAUUUAUGCUUUGACGGAACGUGGCCGAAUACUCCUCGAGGCUAUGAGACGUGGCUGUCAAUACCAAGAGACCAAUCCAAGCGGCGCUUCGGGGUUCGGUCGUGUUUUCUCCAGCCGUUCCCAGGUUCCAUUGCUUGGCUACCCCUGACGGGGCCUCCUUCCCCACGUCCUAUCUCUCCGCCUUGCAGCUCGCCUGAUAUAGAGACCGAGAGGCUCCUCACCUCAAUCAAAAGACAUAUAAUCUGACGGCGUCCCUUCCGCUCCACGUUCACAAACACGGCCCAGGUGAACCUAGACUGUUGGUUCGGGAUGGCUGUCUCCUCCACAGAUCCCCAGUCUUUGGUUGCCAAGAUCCUCGACCCCGGACCACGCGCAAUCUAGUUCCGCUCUUGGGUCGGCCCAUGUGCAAUCUACAUGUUUUGAUAUCUAAGCGACGAACAAGCUACAUAUGCCCAUGGGUUUCACGUUUGUCUUAGACGACAACCUAACACGCAACACUCCGACCAACAUAUUUCCUCUGUUUCAAAGCUAUACCAUGUCACCAAACGUGGAACACCAAUUCUCGGUAACGGGCGAGGCUGACGCCCGCCAUGAGAUUGAGGAAACAGUGCACACAGUGCUCUACCCAGGCACUGAGGUGAUGACUGAUGUCGGCGGCCUACAUUUCAAGCACGCUGGAAAGAGCGUUCUGGUCCCCCAGCCCUCAGACGAUCCUUCUGACCCUCUCAAUUGGAGUGUUUGGUGGAAGAUGGUCAUUAUGGCCGGCAUGUGCAUAACGACUUUCAACUGGACAGUCGGCCCCUUGGCCAUCUCUUCCCAAGUGCCGUACUACGUGGCAGAAUGGGACAGUUCGCUGCCAGAUGUAAUCCAAUUUGUCGGUGUCAGUAUCCUCGUGCUUGGAUUCUCAAAUUUUUUCUGGGUCCCAAUCGGCCGGGCCUACGGUCGUCGCCCGAUGGCCCUCAUGGCAAACCUAAUGAAUAUCGCUUCUAUGAUCUGGAGGGCCCAGGCUAAAUCAUAUGGCUCGUUCAUGGGUGCUUGUGUUGUCACUGGAAUUGCCUGCGGGCCCUCAGAGACGUUGCCGGGAAUGUUGGUAACAGACGUCAUGUUCCUACAUCAGAGAGGGUUCUACAUGAGCUUGUACCUGUGGAUUGCAUGGAGUGGCACCUUGAUUGGACCCGUCAUUGCCGGAGUCAUGUCCGACAGAUACGGCUGGAGAAGCUUCUGGUGGCUCUGCACUGCCAUCGCCGUAUUCUCGCUACUCUUCCAGGUAUUUCUCAUGCCGGAGACAAGGUGGGGAGAGCGUCAUGUCGGAAUCGCACACGAUGUUGUCGCUGAGCCCUCAGGAUUCGAUGCCACAGAAGGCAAGACCGAUAUCAGGCUCGAAGAGGCAGCCCAGCAGUCGACCAAUGUCAACGAAGUCGUCAUCAGACUGACAGGAAAGCCCUCCAAGGCCCAAUUUUCUCCGUGGGGAAAAUUCGAUAAGACUAAUGCGGCAGGCAUCUUUCCAGCUCUCAUCAUGCCGUUCCGUCUGUUUGCGUAUCCAAUCGUCGUGUGGUCGAGUUUCGUCUUCUCUUGGGCGGCAUCAAUGCUGGUAAUUAUCAACGUCACUCAGUCCCAGGCGUUCGCAGGACCGCCUUGGAACAUGUCGGCCACGGAUGUCGGCUACACGAACUUUGGCGCUAUCGUUGGUGUCGCCCUGUCCCUUGUCGUCGCAGGCCCGCUGAGUGACUGGGUGUCAGCCUUCCUGACCCGGCGAAACAAGGGUAUCAGAGAGCCCGAAAUGAGACUGUUGGCACUCUUUCCCUUCGCCGUGAGCUGUCUUCUGGGCGGCAUACUAGUCGCCGUUGGUUACCAACAUCAAUGGAGCUGGCGGGCGAUCGUCAUCGGUGGUUACAGUCUUCUCGGCCUGGUUAUUCCUGCCCUGUCCGCUAUAUCACUAACAUACGCAAUCGACUGCUACAAGCCUGUAGCUGGCGAGAUCCUUGUCGCCGCCACAAUGGUCAAGAAUCUGUGGGCAUAUGGUAUGACCAGGUUCUUCAACAAUUGGAUUGUCGACGCGGGGUACGUCACGCCGAUCAUGACAGACACUGCGCUGGCGAUAUUUUUUGCCGGGCUGGCGAUCCCACUGUACUUCGUGGGUAAGUGGCUUAGAGGUUGGACUAAGGAUAGCCCGGCGCAUCGUGAGAUUUGAUUGCGACCGGCGGCGGUGGUGGGUGAACUGAAGCUGCCUAGGAAGAUGACUGGAAAUCGGGACUGGGAGUUUACAUGGAAGGCAGAGCGCCUUAAGCUAUGAGUGUGGUCAAUGUCAUAGUAUGCUAGCUAUUAUUGAUUAGUGAAAAU